AUGGAAUCAACCAUAGACCAUGACUAUUUUGAGUUUUCGUGGACGCUCAGAUCAUAUCAGAAUACAUACAAAUCUUUACCUCAUAACCAAAUGAUAUCUAGUCGACGCUUUUGGUCGCCACGCAGAGAUACUAUUUACUCACCCGAAGACGGUGACAAUCCCGGUUAUCUUUGGUGUGUUGAUUUGUACCCGCAAGGUCAUAGUGACCACACAUCUCACAUGUCAGUCUAUUUGACAGCGUGGCAGACAAGAUACGAGAAAAGUCAUUCGAUAAAAUGUCGACUAGUAGGCUACGUAAUUGAACUAUACAAGAUAAACCCGUUCCCAAUAUCCAAUGAAGACAAAUUAAUAAAACUAUCGGGCCUCGAAAUGCAACGAGAUUAUUUCAAAAUGAGAAUGGGCACCGAUAAUUGGGGAUUACAUGAACUAUGCUCCAAUAAUGACAUAUUCGGAGGAGACUCCUGGAGUAAUGUAGAUUUAGUCAUCAAGGUCAAGAUACAUAACAAUCUGCAUGGGUAUGGCGGAUGUUCUGCUCCAUUUCAUUUGGGUCAUUCUUUUGAAAAGUAUUACCAUCAAGACAAGUUUAGCGAUGUUGAGUUUGUAUUUGAUUGUGGGAACAGGGUGAGAGCUCAUCGAGUGAUAUUAGCCGCAUGCUCAGACUAUUUUAAGAGAUUACUUUGUUACGGGAAGGUGGAUCUAAAGGUGAUGGAGGAGGAGAGUAAUAACGAAUUGGAUUCUAAUGCUGACGAAAGUGUAGACGAGAGCAUGGAAGAGAUUACUCUCCCGACAGAUACGUCCGUAACUUCCUCAUCCGCUCUUUUAACUACGAUUCCAAUUCGAGACAUUCCAUACGAAGUAUUCAAACCAAUACUUUAUUAUCUUUACACGGGCAAUGUGCAGCUCAAUCUCUCUUUUGACACUCUUUUUGAGACCUGGGAAUAUUCCACUCGUCUCGAUCUCCCCCAUCUCUCAUCCAUAAUUAUCAGCCACUUUGCGUGUAAUGUCAAUUUUGAUAACUGGGAUCGGGUUUUAUUAUUCGGAUGGACUAUUAAUAAUAUACAGUUGAAGACGGCAGUGUUCCAGUUUGCAGUUGAUAAUUGGGAUUUGAUAGUCGACUCUGACAACAUGAAGGCUAUCAUGCAGGCUGAUGAUAAGGAAAUUUUUGAGCAAUUGGUAAACGUAAGGGAUAAUGGAGUCGAUGUUGAAAUGGAUGAUAAGAGAAAGGUUGGAGAUGGUGGAGAUGGUGAGGAGGAUAUGAAGAAUAAUUAA